AUGGGGGGCAAGUCUGAGAACAAGGCCAACUAUUUCGACAAGCUCAAGGGCUUGCUCGAGGCCUACAACUCCAUCUUCAUCGUCGAGGUUGACAAUGUCAGCUCCCAGCAGAUGCACGAGAUCCGACAGGCUCUCCGAAGCAAGGGUGUCGUCCUCAUGGGCAAGAACACCAUGGUUCGCCGAGCCUUGAAAACCUUCAUCCCUGACUCCCCCGAGUACGAGCGUCUCCUCCCCCACGUCAAGGGUAACGUUGGUUUCGUCUUCACCAACGACGACCUUAAGGAGGUCCGUGACAUCAUCCUCGCCAACAAGGUCGCUGCUCCUGCUCGUGCCGGUGCUCUCGCCCCUGCCGAUGUCUGGGUUCCUGCUGGAAACACUGGUAUGGAGCCUGGAAAGACCUCUUUCUUCCAGGCCCUCGGUGUCCCCACCAAGAUUGCCCGUGGUACCAUUGAAAUCACCACUGAUCUCAAGCUCGUUGAGGCCGGCUCCAAGGUCGGUCCCUCCGAGGCCACCCUCCUCAACAUGCUUGACAUCUCUCCUUUCACCUACGGCAUGGGUAUCUCUCAGGUCUACGACCAGGGACAGUCUUUCCCUCCCAGCGUCCUCGACGUCGGUGAGGAGCAGCUCCUCAAGACUCUGUCUCAGGCUAUCACCACCAUUGCCACCAUCUCUCUGGCAUUGAACUUCCCCACUUUGCCAUCUGUUCUACACUCGGUUGUCAACAGCUACAAGAAGGUUCUUGCUGUUGCGAUCUCCACCGAGAUCACAUGGCCCGAGAUCGAGGAGCUGAAGGACCGCAUUGCCAACCCCGACGCUUAUGCUUCCGCCGCUCCUGCCGCUGCCGCUUCCGGUGGCGCUGCCGCCCCUGCUGAGGCUGAGAAGAAGGACGAGUCCGAGGAGGAGGAUGAGGACGAGGAGGGCUUCGGCGGUCUUUUCGACUAA